UUGGCAAUACAUGGUACGAAAUCCGAGUACCACUUCCGGUUGGAAGUAACGAAAAUUACAAGCUAGUGUUCGAAGCUCAACGUGGUACAAACCACAUUGGUGACCUUGCCAUAGACGAUAUCAUGGUGGUAGAAGGAGGUUGUCCAAACGAGGAUGCUAAAAACAUAACACUUCCGCCAGAAACUACUUCUAACACCAUCACAACAACUACGUCCACUAUACCACCAACUACUUCCAGUGCUACCACAGCUACUGCCACUACAGCCACCCGUAGUACAACUACAAGCGAUCCCAGUACAACUGCUCCCAUCACAAGUGCAACAACUCCCACCACCGCUAUUUCCAGUAUAACUACACUCACCCACAGUACAACUACAACCGAUUCCAGUGCAACGACUUCCAUUACAACCAUAAAUGGUCCCACCACAGCUACUCCCAGUAUAACUACAGCCACUUCCAUUACAACUAAAACAGAUUUCGUUACAACUGCUUCCAUUACAACGACAUCCACUCCCACCACAGCUACUCCAAGUGUAACCACAUCCACUACCAGAACAACUACAACCGAUUCCAGUACAUCUAAACUCAUCACAAGUACAGUCACUCCCAUUACAACGGCAACAACAAAACAUACUCCAUCUUCAACUCCCACGACUGUUUCAGUUACAAGUAUUACCACCAGAGGCAUUCCUACUUCAGAAAAACAUACAACUGAAAAUAUCCCAGAAACAAAAACGGUCGGUUCAUCAACUGAUAAUCCAGGAAAGAUUACUCCCAAGGUAAUCAAAACUGCACCACCUCACAUAACAUUUGUAGAUGAUCCGACCACACCCACAAACAUUCCCAGAACGACCAAAAAUAAUCGCCCACCAACUGUUACAGAAGAGACAUCAGGAAACUUUAAAAUCACGUCGGAAUCGGUUUUGAAUACAACUGUAAAAAUACAGCCACACGCUGUGCCUACAUCUUUUCCAAGUACAACUGCGCCUAAUCCCACUACAACCAAAACCACUCCAACUACGCCUACAACAGCCACUGUACAAGAAACAACAAAAGCUUCAGAAACUACCAAAAGUCCAACGAACCCAACAACAAAACCUGCAACGAAAUCCAAAAUAUCGACUACAACAAAAACACACCCCGUGAUAACAACUGAGAUUAACAGCCAACAUCAACGAACACCGAGCAGCACGUUGGAAGUUGAAGCAAGCACGAAGUCAGAUGACAAUCCAGAACCAAAAAGUAGUGGGAAUGCAGUACUAGCAUUCAUGACCGAAAAUAUAGCUUCCUUGGCUGGAGGCGGGGGUGCCUUCCUUUUACUGCUGAUUGUCAUAAUAACCACCGCGGUGAUAUGCCGGCGAAAAGGGGCAAAAUCUCAUCAUGGGUCUUCGGAUGAUGGGUCGUACACUCACCUAUCAAGACAGUGCAGUGCAGAUUCAAGUAUGCCAGAUGAGUUCAAAAACCCGCUUUACAGCGGUCUUUCUUACGACACCCGGCCUUUUGAAACGAGUAUAAGUUCUAUUGAAGCACCUGUUCAAGAGGAGAUAAAUGAAGACGAGAGUCCACAUACCAUUGGCAUCAUUGCCAAUAAUGCAUAUGGGGAUGGCAUAUCGUAUGGCAGUGUUUCAACAUUUGCUUGAUUACAUUUAUCGUAAGUGAUGCUG